CUCGUCGUGAGCUGGAGAGCUCGAGCGCGCGGUGGCUUGCGAGCCCUCGUCUGCGCGUGCUCUGUUCCAGACGUGAUGGACGAGGAGAAGAGGGCGAGGAAGGGGGAUACCUCGCCCGCGGGGUCCCCGCGGAAAUCCCCGCGCCUGGGGCGGCCAGCUGCGGCGACGGGGGCCGGUUCUGGAGGCGGUGGCGCAGCGCCGCAGGAGGGGGGCAAUCCGUGCGAUGAGCUUAACGACCCAAAUGCUGCCUCUCUUGACGUGAUGGACGAGGAGAAGAGGGCGAGGCCGGCAGAUGCUGAGGAGGCGACGCCGCUGGAUGUGAGCGAUUGGUGGGAGAAAGCGGCAGCGUUAACAUUGUUGGGAUUCAGCGGCGCCGGCGGUGCUCGGCGGUGCCGGCACGUCUUGUGUGACCAUGAUGAGGUUGAUUUGGCCAUAACACUGAUCAAGACCUGCUAUGGCACCCCAAAGUGUGGUGCUCCCAAGUGUGGCAAUAGUGAGGGGAAGGAAAUCGCGGUGUGCUUGGAUUGUGAGUCCCGCUUCUGCACUAGACACGGGAAACGGCAUGCCUGGAACAGCCAGCAUUGGGUUGCUUUAGUGUACGACAGGCCGAAUAUGGCGUAUUGCUUCGCGUGUGAAGAGUGCUAUUUCAUCAGAACUGAUGGUUUUGGGGAGGAAAUGUCGGUUGAGGAUGAUGAGCUCUUCCUCAUUGGUAUCCAUAAGAAAGGUGAGAAGGGAAUGACAGUUGACAAUGAGGCAGGUGGUCUUGCAUCUAUGGUGACAGUGCCUGUUGCUGGAGGUGGGAUUAAGACGGAGCUGGAUGUGAGCAAUCUAUGGAAACAAGUGGCAGCGCUAGUCAGUGACGGGAGUAUUCACUGUUGUCCCCAUGUCUUCUGUAAGGAGGAUGACAUCGAUGUGGCUAUAACAAUGAUCAAGUCCUGUGAUGAGGCCCCGAGGUGUGAUAGUUACAUGUGUGACACUACUGAGAAGAGGAAUAUCAUGGUGUGCUUGGGUUGUGAAUCGCGGUUCUGUAUAAAACACGCUUAUUCUCACUCCUGGAGGGAACAGAAGGAGCAUUGGAUUGCUUUGGUGUACGAGAGGCCAAAUGUGGUGUAUUGCUUCGCAUGUGAGAAGUGCUAUUUCAUCAGAACUGAUAAUUUUGGGGAGCAAAUGGCGGUCAAUGAUGGUGAGGAUGCCGUCGUCAUUGAUAUCCAUAAGGAAGGUGAGAAGGGAAUGACAGUUGAUAAAGAGGCAGGAGGUCAUGCAUCCGGGUCAGUUAUUCGGCGUGCCUGUCCUAUUAAAGGGAUACCGAAUCGUGGAAACACUUGCUAUGUGAAUGCAUUGGUCCAGUGCCUCCUUGUGCUUGAAAGACUGCGCGCAGCGAUGUUAGGACCAGAUGCUCCAAAGGGGAUCAUUGGUAACACGCUGAGAUAUCUCUUUGAGGACGCAGACAAUGUAAAUAACACAGGACUGCUGGACCCAACACAGCUGUUGGCUUGUUUACGCAUGCUGAACUCAGGGUUUGUAGGCACUUCUAUGCAAGAUAGCCAUGAAGUGCUUUGCUGUCUGCGCGAUGGUUUGGAUAGGGAGGAGAGUAUCAUGAAGCCGUCUAACAUACAAGACGGUGCUCCCAGUGCAGUGGAUCCUUCAGUUAUUAAUUCCACUUUUGGCAGUCAGAUUUCUAUCACCAGGUCAUGCAAACGUUGCUCGUUUAGAUCAGUUUCCUGUGAUGUAUUCCAUGAUCUCUCAGUGCCACUACCAAGUAAGACGUUUUCAGUUGAAUCACCACCAUGGACUAACAAAGGUCACAGAUCUCAACGUAAGAUUCGUAUUAACCUGUUUCCAGCAAUAGAGAAACAAAAAAGAGACAAUGAAAAGACUUGUAAAAUUGCUGAAAGAGGUGAUUCUCAGAGCCCUGCUUCAGAGUUGGAAGAUGUGGUCAUGGUGAAAGAAUCAGAGCCUUUGAAAGUUGAUUCUUCUCAAGUGGAACAGAUCUCACAAAGCAAGGAUGCUGUAAAGGUUGUUGAUGUCCAUCCUCAAGAAGUAUUGUAUGAUGUCAAAGUUGAGAUAGCGGAUGCCACAGCAGCAGAGUCGUGCAUUCCAGAAGAUCUUGCUCCACCUCUGCCUCCACUUGUUUCUCUAGUGAGGGAAGAUAAUGCAAGGAUAGAAACAGGCAGUGAUGUAGACAAAAAUGACAUUGUUGUUCAGCCAGAAGUUAGUACAGAAGAAGUUACUACAGAAUACAAGGGGAAAACUAAGUGGGAUGUUAUUUAUGACAAGGCACAGGAUAUCAACUCUCUUGCUUCGAUUGAGGAGUGCUUGAAAUUGCAUUUUGAAGCUGAGAUGAUAGAAUGGGCCUGUGGGAACUGCUCCAAGGUUGGUGAACAGAAUGAACAGUCAGAGAAGAUAUCAUGCCAAAGUGAGCAAUCUAGCAAUUUGAACAGGUUGGAAGUAGAACGCACUUCUUCAAGUAGCGAAUUUCAUGGUUCUGAUUCACAGCAUCAGGCUAUGCUCACUGUGGACAGCAUCACUAAAGGAAUCUCUGGCAAACAAGACUUAGCAUCUGACGACAUAGACGACAAAAAAUCUGAAUGCCAUGAAGGUGUUCAAGAAGGUACACCUAGUUGUGCUCCAGCUGAUCAAAAUGUUAGCACACAAGAUGAGGACAAGGGGAAGCAAGUAAAGCUUGAUCAUAGUGCACAACAAGUUGAAGAAAACCAAAAUGACCAGAAAGAUAAGAAUGAUGGUGCAAUUCAAACAUGUCUUAUUCGCAAGCUGUCACCUGUAUUAGUCAUUCAUCUGAUAAGAUCUUUAUUGGGGCCUCAUAAGGUGAUAGGGCAUGUGAGAUUCAAGGAAAUCCUUGACAUGGGACUGUUCAUGGACCCCAGUUCUGAGGAUAAAGCUAACUCCAGCUAUCGUCUAGUUGGUGUUGUUGAGCACCUGGGCCAAGGGAACGAUGCAGGGCAUUUUGUUGCUUAUGUGAGGCCAAGUCAUCCGGAGCAGACCAGCGGCUCUUCCUCAUGGUUUCGUGCAAGUGAUGAGAACAUCAGAGAAAUCUCUUUAGAAGAAGUUCUCAAGUGCGAGGCUUACCUUCUUUUCUAUGAGAGGAUGGAAGACUAAGAUGUCUGGAAUCCUAUAUCCACCAGCUAAUCAGAACAGGAAGCAGAUGUGUCAGAUUAUUAAGCAUUCUUUGAACGACCGAGGAUUCAAUUUUAAUCAGUGUACAUACUGACGAUCAAGUUGAAUUUUGUUGCUUUGCCAAGUCAUUGCAGGACUUCAAUUUGACCAGUUGAGAGAUUUCGGUGGUUGUUGAUCAAUUGAUCGUGUCCUUUUUUUUUUGUCGAGAAAGCAUUUGGAAUUCAUUUGAAAAAAAAAACAGCAUACUUGGGCAUGUGGCAUCAAAGAACCGAGCAAGGUGAGCAUAGUUGUAUAGGCGAUGGUACAGUUUUUUUUUCCUUGAAGUAAAGGCACUAGUAUAAUUGUGGAUGUUACUGAAAAGCGAUUUUUCUAUCCUUAAGAAGGUAUCAUAAGGUAUCAUUUAAAAAAAACAGCAUACUUGGGCAUGUGGCAUCAAAGA